CUCCCGGCUCGGCCCCCGGGCCAGCCCGCCCCGGGGCGGGGCUCCGUGUUCCCCAAAAGCCGCCGCGGCCGGGCGGAGCGGCGCCGGGAUUUGGGAUCGGUGGGAACGGCACGGCGGGACGCGGGGGUCGGGCAGGGCUCGGCGGGAAGAAGUUCUGAUCCAGAAGCAAACCAAGAAUUUGGAACAUAAGCGGGAAAUGAGAUACCUGAGAUCAUGGGGCGAAAUUACUGGCUGAAAGAGGAACCAAUAAUGCCAGCACUGAACUGGAAGCCCUUUAUCUAUGGAGGUUUAGCAUCAAUCACUGCAGAAUGUGGUACUUUCCCCAUUGAUCUGACCAAAACACGUCUCCAGGUUCAAGGUCAAGUUAAUGAUGCCAAAUAUAAAGAGAUCCGCUACCGUGGGAUGUUGCAUGCACUGGUCAGAAUAUGCAGAGAAGAGGGAUUGAAAGCCUUAUACUGUGGGAUUGCACCUGCAAUGCUACGACAAGCUUCAUAUGGAACUAUAAAAAUAGGCACUUACCAGAGCUUAAAAAGAAUGUUUGUUGAGCAUCCAGAAGAUGAAACCCUCAUGAUGAAUGUUCUGUGUGGUGUUCUUUCGGGAGUGAUCUCGUCAUCAAUCGCCAACCCUACAGAUGUCUUAAAGAUCAGAAUGCAAGCUCAAGGUAGAAUGAUUCAAGGAGGAAUGAUGGGCAACUUCAUACAGAUCUACCAGAAGGAAGGUGCUAAAGGAUUAUGGAAGGGCGUAUCACUGACAGCACAGAGAGCUGCUAUUGUUGUUGGAGUGGAGCUGCCAGUGUAUGACCUUACCAAGAAGCACAUAAUUAUGUCUGGCCAUAUGGGAGAUACAGUAUAUACUCACUUCCUUUCCAGUGUUCUUUGUGGGUUAGCUGGAGCCCUUGCAUCCAACCCAGUUGAUGUUGUAAGAACACGCAUGAUGAAUCAGAAAAGCCAACAACAUGGGGGACACUCAGCUUACAAGGGCACUUUGGAUUGCUUGUUACAGACAUGGAAGAAUGAAGGCUUUUUUGCUCUGUAUAAAGGGUUUUGGCCAAACUGGUUAAGACUUGGUCCUUGGAAUAUCAUUUUCUUUCUGACGUAUGAACAGCUGAAGAAAUUGGAUGCCUGACAUUUUGAGUGUACAGAAUUCUGUUAAUGUACUGAGUUUAGAGCAAUGUGCAAGUUGUCUUGAGUGUUUGCUCUGUAUUGUCUGAGCUGCUGGCCAAAGGAAGAGGACCUUGCAAGACUGAGUGAGAAGAACCUGGAAGUGAUUUCAAGGCAGACUGGCUCCUGUAACCACAGUUUGUGCACGUGCUUAAGUGGCUGAUGUGCACUGUUUCUCAGACUGAAGCAAACAUGGUGGAAUACCUUCUGUCAAAUGUUUCAAUGUUCUUGAAUGUAAAGAUCUGCAAUGCAACUUCA